CGGCUGCGGCGUGAUGUGGGCGGGGCUUCGAUGACAUUUGUUUUUCUCUUCGCUGGGGAAGGGCCGGGAGGAGAGAGUGGUAGCGCCGAGGGCGCAUGCGUGUCCUCUCAUCCAUUCCCGCGAGCUGGCUCUUUCUGAAGGAAACAAGGCGAAGCGGUGGAGGCAGUAGUCAAAAGAUUAUGUCCACAAUGGUGUACCCAAGGGAAGAGAAAAUGGAUAAACUAAGCCAAGAGGAGAUCAUUUCCAACACAAAACUGGUUAUGCAAGGGCUGGAGGCCCUGAAGAAUGAACACAACUCAAUUUUGCAUAGCUUGCUGGAAACUAUUAAGUGUCUAAAGAAGGAUGAGGAAGCCAAUCUUGUACAUGAGAAAGCCAACCUGCUCCGCAAGUCAGUGGAGAUGAUUGAGCUGGGGCUUGGAGAGGCGCAGGUGAUGAUGGCUCUUUCGAACCAUCUGAAUGCAGUUGAGUCUGAGAAGCAAAAGCUGAGGGCCCAGGUGCGCCGGCUGUGCCAAGAAAACCAAUGGCUGAGGGAUGAGCUGGCAAACACUCAGCAGAAGUUGCAACGCAGUGAGCAGACAGUGGCACAGCUUGAAGAGGAAAAGAAACAUUUGGAGUUCAUGAACCAGCUGAAGAAAUAUGAUGAUGACGUGUCUCCAUCGGAGGAGAAGGAAGGCGAUUCCACAAAGGACUCUCUGGAUGACUUAUUUCCAAAUGAGGAAGAAGAUCAAGGCCAAGGGUUGCCUCACCAACACAGUAGCGCAGCUGCAGCUGCCCAGCAGGGUGGUUAUGAGAUUCCUGCACGCCUUCGCACUCUCCAUAACCUGGUGAUUCAGUAUGCCUCACAAGGACGCUAUGAAGUGGCUGUGCCUCUCUGCAAACAGGCACUGGAGGACUUGGAAAAGACAUCGGGCCAUGAUCAUCCUGAUGUGGCUACAAUGCUCAACAUCUUGGCCUUAGUGUAUAGGGAUCAGAACAAAUACAAGGAGGCAGCUCACCUGCUGAAUGAUGCAUUGUCUAUUCGGGAAAAGACUCUUGGCAAGGACCAUCCUGCUGUUGCAGCAACCCUGAAUAACUUGGCUGUCCUGUAUGGCAAAAGGGGAAAAUACAAGGAGGCAGAACCAUUGUGCAAGCGAGCCCUGGAAAUCCGGGAAAAGGUUCUUGGUAAAGAUCACCCAGAUGUGGCCAAACAGUUAAAUAACUUGGCUUUGCUGUGUCAGAAUCAGGGCAAAUAUGAAGAAGUUGAAUAUUACUACCGCCGGGCGCUGGAAAUCUACGAAUCCCGCCUGGGGCCUGAUGAUCCAAAUGUGGCCAAAACAAAGAACAAUCUGGCCUCUUGUUAUCUGAAACAAGGCAAAUACAAAGAUGCAGAGGUACUCUAUAAGGAAAUCCUCACCCGUGCCCAUGUGAAGGAAUUUGGCUCUGUGGAUGAUGAACACAAACCUAUAUGGAUGCAUGCUGAAGAAAGGGAGGAGAUGAGCAAGAGCAAACACCGAGAAAACACCCCCUAUGCAGAGUAUGGUGGCUGGUACAAAGCUUGCAAAGUCAGCAGCCCCACAGUGAAUACCACCCUGCGGAAUUUGGGUGCACUAUACAGGCGUCAGGGCAAACUGGAGGCUGCUGAAACCUUGGAAGAGUGUGCAUUGCGGUCCAGGAGACAGGGUAUUGACCCCAUUAACCAAACCAAGGUGGUAGAGAUUCUGAAAGAAGGUGAUGGCUCUGAGAGGAGGAGAAGCCGGGAUAGCCUGGGGGGCAGUGUCAAAUACGAAAGUGCCACAGAUGGUAGCGAGGAAGUGAGUAUGGGCGUGGAAUGGAACGGGGCUUAAAUGCCUCCUGAGACUUCCUUUCCCUCCCUCCCCUUCACCACAGUCCCUGCGAUGCUUGUGCCGCCCCUUCCAACUUUUCCCUCCAAGCCGUUCCCUCCUCCUUCCACUGAUCCUGCGCUCCUCCUCAGCAAGGACUCCCCCAGUCUUCCAUCACGAAGGAGCAGAGCAGCACCUGCGGAAGGACUGUCUGACUGGCUGCACCAGGCUCAGCUACUGCGUCAUCCGGCAAGAGCAGGAAGAAGCUCUACAGGGCUGCCUUUCCUGGUCCCACCCCACUCUUCCUUCAGGCAGGACUUCAACAGGAUUCCUCAUGGCUUCCUCCUCCAUACUCUUUCUUUUAUCUCAAUGGGGAGACCUGACUGAAACAUUUCUGCAGUUUGAAAAAUGGGUUUCCUCUCCAUUCUGCGCUCUGCUCAUCUUGGAUACUGCACAUUCACAAUUGUCCAUCACUCUUUCCCUUGUCUUCUGAUGUGCCUGGAUUUUGUCGCCUCCCUUUGAGCUGUGUCCCCACCUUGUCCUCUUCCUCCCCUUUCCUUGGCUGCCAGGACAGAGGGUCCAGAGUUAGCGGUAGAUUGGGAUAUUUGACUUUCCAUACUCUGAUCUAACACUGCAGGGGUGGAUAGAUAGGGGUUGGCUGAGUUGUGCUCUUAUUUUACCUUCCAUCUAAUUCAAUCAGGCAUUUUAUGGCUUUUCCUGCUGCUAUUCAAAAUUUCUAGUUGCCAACUUAUGCAGCGGUUUAGCUUGCAGUGGUGGAAAUAUCUAUUCCCAUUUUCCUCCUACAUGGGAUCCUGUUUGCUUGAGGCUAAAAAGACAGGACACAUAAUGUCAAGAAAAGAAAACUCAAAGGAUGUGCCAGGGAUAAAUAUAAGCCUGCUCUUUAACCAUCUCUCUAGGAACUUAUUUUCAUCAAAACAGAGGCAUUCAGAGGUGGGUUGAGGCUAUGCUAGAGGGAUUUAUUCAUACCUUAUGCAGCACUAGACUCUGUGGUGAGUCUUUGGUAUGAGCUAACUCUGCUUCUUGCUCUUCACAAUGUCUGCAUUUUACAAGAAAAGGCCUCUGUCUACCUAUGAAUGUUUCCUCACAUGGUCCCUUUGUUGCAAGAAGUGAAGUUUUUUUCUAACAAAGAUGGCUUACCUCUGCUUCACAGCCAUUUCUAUCAUGGGCUGGUAGAGGGAGAGGGCGAUUGCAUAUUUACAUCUCUUAAUUUAUUAUGACAAAUGUACAUUUUUACUCAUGCUGUUAUUUAAUACUGGGGAUUGUUGAGUUCCCCGCCAAAUGCCACAAAAUAGACACACAGGAAGUGGGUGUGCUUGAUUGGCAAUGUAGCAACAAUAGCUGCUGCUUAUUUAGAAGCAUGGCAAGCUACUGGAAGAGGAUUGCAACUGUAAGUCCUCUAAGCAAAGGAUGGAACCUAAGGCUCAUGUUUGAAAGAGAGCAAGGACAAUGAUGGGGUUGUAAUAGAAGGCUCCAGUUUUAAAGUUAAAGUGAUUGAACUUCUAGAAGAUUUUCAAGGAGGGAGAAAGAAGUUUGGCUUGGAAUAUGCAAGUCUGUAGUAGAAGUGAGGUAGAUGUGUUAUGAGAUGUGCAGUGCAAUCUUUAUGUUUUCUUCAAAGUCAGUUCCAUUGCAUUCAGUGGGGCUUUCUGCCAGAUAUAUAAAACUGAAGUUGUAGUGGGAGCCUUGUUGAUCAAUGCAUGAGGACUUGGCUUUACAGUGAGCUGAAGCAGGGAUUUAUAGGCAGGGAAGGGGACAAAUAGUUGACUCCUCAGGAACUGGGGUGCAGCGUGUGCAUGAAAAAAUGCUCUUUCAAGAAGUAUGAAUUUGAAGUUAGAAAAUAAAUAGGACACAUAGAAUUAAGACUUGUCAGGAGAGAGGGAGAAUAUUAAUGUACUGUUUAAAAGAGAGUUCUUACAUUGCUUGUGUAGCAGAGUAGGGAAAAACGGUUUGAGAAGCCUAGGGGUAUUUUGGGAAAACCUACCAGCAUAUAGAGUAAAGCAUCUGCAAAAAGUCAGCAUAACCAGACGUUGAGGGAUUCUGGGAGGUGCAGUUUAACAUCAUGAAAAAGAGGAGGAUAAAUUUAGUCCCUUUCAAUUUUUUGACGUACAGGUGCCAUAAUAUUGUGUUCUCUGUCUCUCCUCAAGGUUUGAGGUGGGGUACCACACAGAUGAAAUACAUUGAUAAAAACAUAUGUAAGUCCACCUCAUGUGGCCAGUGGUAAAUGAUUGUGACAGUUAUAGUCCAAAAGAUCUGGAGAAUGAAAAGAUUACCUUCUCUUGAUGUAGAAAAUCAUGGACCACGUAAGGGAAAACAAAUGUUGGAUUUUGGAGACUGAGCAACACUCCAUUCAUCAUUUGCACUGGUAUUAGAUAUAUAUAGCUCUUAUGUCUGUAACCUGGUGCUUUGAUCAUACUUCCAGGGAUGCAGGAUUGAGGCAAAAAUUCCCUUCAGCCCUCAUACCAAGCAUAGUUUGUGUGCUUGGUUUCAGUUUUUUCAGUGUGGUACAGUGUUCUUGUGGGUUUAGUGAGUUUAUAAAGGAAAAGAAGAAGAAAAAAAGAUUAGAUAUGUUGGUAAACUAGAAUUAGCACUCAUUAUUAGGUAGGAUGUGCCCACCCGAUUGCUCUUGGUGCCUGAAACUAAAGACUGGUGAAAACCUGAACUGAGUAACUAGAGUAUUCUAUUGUCACCAUUUGCUGUCCUGGAGCUGUUGUCUGUAGAGAGCAGGGUGCUAGGUUUGGAUAAUCCGGAGGCAAGGUUUUAAGACUGGGCAGUUUGAAGGCCCCAGGUCUCAGUGCCAGCUUUUUGGAAGCCCACUUUAGGCUUUAGUGCAGUUUUUUGUUUGCGUUGGCUGCCUGCUUCAACAAAAGGGGCUACUUAUGCAUGCUUUCAAACAAAACAGCUGUUCCAAGAAAGGGAGAAAUGCAACACAUCCAAAAAUGAUCCAAAAUAGUUCUUCCUGAGAACCGUCUGUACUGCAUUUACCCACUGCUGAGGUUUUGCCCUCAACAAGAAAGCUGGUAUCUGACCAAGGAUGCCAUGAAGCAGCCUCUAAUGAUUGACUGUCAAGGGGCCCUGGGCUUUCCCCUUCAAGCUCUCUCAGCUCUUUUCCAAGUUCUGCAUUUUGUCUCACAUUUGGGCUGCCUGUGAGCCUUUUCAUAGCACUGGUUGUGGGAUGGGGGUUGGAAGUGUGUUCUGCACUCUGCCUUUGACACAUAUUUGGUGCUUUCCUUUAUGUUGUGAACUAAUUACCUCCAAUUAAAAGGCAGAGCAACUCAAA